UCGCCUUCGGCUCACCCUGCCCAGUGCGCCUGGGCUGUCCUCUGGGCUCGGGCGCCACGUACCAGCUUCGGCCGCUCCAGCCGCUCCAGCCGCCGCCUCAGCGCCUCAGCCUCUAGCUCCCCGCGCGCUCUCGGCUCCACGCCGCCCGGCCAGCCACUUCGCGCGCCCCCAGCCCCUCAAGCCAGAUGAUGAACUUCCUGAGGCGCCGGCUGUCGGACAGUAGCUUCAUCGCCAACCUGCCCAAUGGCUACAUGACCGACCUGCAGCGCCCAGAGCCCCAGCAGCCCCCGCCGCCCCCAGGCCCCGGAGCCGCUGCGGCCUCGGCUGCCACCCCGGCCGCCUCGCCCGGCCCCGAGCGGAGGCCGCAGUCCUCCCAGGGGCCCGCGCCGCAGCCCGCGCCGUCGGUGGGUAGCAGCUUCUUCAGCUCGCUGUCCCAAGCCGUGAAGCAGACGGCCGCCUCGGCGGGCCUGGUGGACGCGCCCGCGUCCUCGUCGGCAGCCGCCAGGAAGGCCAAGGUGCUGCUGGUGGUGGACGAGCCGCACACUGACUGGGCCAAGUGCUUUCGGGGCAAAAAAAUCCUUGGAGAUUAUGAUAUCAAGGUGGAGCAGGCGGAAUUUUCAGAGCUUAACCUGGUGGCCCAUGCAGAUGGAACCUAUGCUGUGGACAUGCAGGUGCUCCGGAAUGGCACAAAGGUUGUCCGGUCCUUCAGACCAGACUUCGUGCUCAUCCGACAGCAUGCAUUUGGAAUGGCAGAGAACGAAGACUUCCGCCACCUGAUCAUUGGCAUGCAGUAUGCAGGCCUCCCCAGCAUCAACUCUCUGGAAUCCAUUUACAACUUCUGUGACAAACCAUGGGUGUUUGCCCAGAUGGUGAGCAUCUACAAGACACUGGGAGGGGAGACGUUCCCACUCAUAGAGCAGACGUACUACCCCAACCACAGAGAGAUGCUAACACUGCCUACAUUCCCUGUGGUGGUGAAGAUUGGUCAUGCUCACUCAGGCAUGGGCAAGGUCAAAGUGGAAAAUCACUACGACUUCCAGGACAUUGCUAGUGUGGUGGCCCUCACCCAGACCUAUGCCACAGCAGAGCCCUUCAUUGAUGCCAAGUAUGACAUCCGGGUUCAGAAGAUUGGCAACAACUACAAGGCUUACAUGAGGACAUCAAUCUCAGGAAACUGGAAGACAAACACUGGCUCUGCAAUGCUGGAGCAGAUUGCCAUGUCAGACAGGUACAAGCUAUGGGUGGACACCUGCUCUGAGAUGUUUGGUGGCCUUGACAUCUGUGCUGUCAAAGCUGUACAUGGCAAAGAUGGGAAAGACUACAUUUUUGAGGUCAUGGACUGUAGCAUGCCACUGAUUGGAGAACACCAGGUAGAGGACAGGCAACUCAUCACUGAACUAGUCAUCAGCAAAAUGAACCAGCUGCUGUCCAGGACUCCUGCCCUGUCGCCUCAGAGACCCUUAACCACCCAGCAGCCACAGAGUGGAACACUUAAAGAUCCGGACUCCAGCAAGACCCCACCUCAGCGGCCACCCCCCCAAGGGGGCCCUGGGCAACCCCAAGGAAUGCAGCCCCCAGGCAAGGUGCUGCCUCCACGCCGGCUCCCCUCUGGACCAUCACUGCCACCUUCUUCCUCUUCCUCCUCCUCUUCUUCCUCUUCCUCGGCUCCUCAGAGGCCGGGCGGCCCCACCACCACCCACGGAGAUGUACCCUCCAGCAGCAACACCCUGGCAGAGGCCCAGCCACCCCCGGCUGCUCCGCCACAGAAGCCCCAGCCUCACCCACAGCUCAACAAGUCGCAGUCCCUGACAAAUGCCUUCAGCUUCUCUGAGUCCUCCUUCUUCCGGUCUUCAGCCAAUGAGGAUGAAGCCAAAGCCGAGACCAUCCGGAGCUUGAGGAAGUCCUUUGCCAGCCUCUUUUCAGAUUAGCCCUUCAGACACAUGAGGGCAUGCGGCCCAACCAGGAAAGGCAUCUGAGACAUUCACCAACAACAAUCCACCAUGUUUGGUGGCAGUGUCCCAUGACUUGCUGUGUGACCCCUUCCUCUGCUCUGUUGUGCUCAGUGAAUUAUGCAGCCCAGAAAUGACCAUGUGAUAGGCUCAGGGAGGGUGCCUACCCCAAGAGGCACCAGGCAUCAGAGAGCAAAGAGCUGCUUCCCUGUAGUUACAGGAGUUUCCUCCUGAACUCAUCGUUGCUGUGAGUUUAGUGGCCUUACUGUGACAGUGCCGUCAUGUCUUAUUCUUCCCUGUGAAGCCAGGAUCUCUGUAAUUAAGGACUCCUGACAGCCUAACCCAGUUCAGAUGCAGUGCUCAGCAUGCCCCUGUAGUCAGUGCUACCUGUGGGAAGCAUAUACAUACGUAGAAGCACUGUUGGCUCUACAUUUUAGGAACUUUCCCCAAACCUGGAUCCCCUGUGGCACCCGUUGAAAGCACACUCACCCAAGCCCUGCGCUUCCUAGACUGCUGUGGUGGUGAAAUGCCUUGAGUCUGCUGAAACAAGAGAACAAGGAUCUGCAGAGUCUCCUUUCUCCCCUCGGGAGGGCAGUUCUUUGGUGUGAGCUGCAGUGACCUUGACCUUCCAAAGUUGCACUGUAGAGAAGAAUGCAUGCCACUAUAACAGCAGUACACCAAUCUUUGUGUUCCUCACCUAAUAAAUGUCAAGACCUUUGGUGUAAUAAAAGCAGCAGCUUAACCAGCA